ACUAACCUUGACAUGCGCUACGAACAGAAGAAAAGUAGCUUCCGUUAGCAUCCGAGUGCGCAAACUAGCUAGCGCUGUUUGUUUUUUUCUCACUUGACAACCCAAAUUAAAUGCUAAAGCUUUCGCCAUGAAUAUGGAAGAAAGACUAAUUUACGCGGUGUCUCUGUAUCCAGAGCUGUACAAUUCAUCGCUAAGUUCUUACAAAGAUUAUAGUAAGAAAGCUGACGCUUGGAGGUCUGUAAGUCUACAAUCGGAGGCUCCAGAGGAAGACUGCCGGAGGAAAUGGAAAAGCCUCAGGGAUCAGUUUAUUAAAGAGCAAAGACGCACUGCUAUGGGCAACGGUCGAAAAUGGAAGUUCACCGAGCAGAUGGCUUUCCUCACCCCAUUCAUACAGUGCCGUACGUCCAUGGGUAACUACGUCGUGGAGGGCGAAGACGAUACAGACAAAGAGAUGAACAACAACUCCGGGCAUGGGAGCCGCAAGAUGCGCGAUGGAGCAACGCCCCCACAUUUCCCCGUCUGGCCCGGCCACAAGAGAUGGGAACUCAACGGAGAAGGCAACGAAGAUGAGAUGUUUCUCCUGAGCCUUCUUCCUCACCUGAAGAAGCUGUCCUAUGAGAAAAAAUGCGCCGUCAAAUUGAAGUUCCACCAGCUUCUCUAUGAAGCAGAGUUCCAGUAGCAAGAGAAUCCAGCGGUAUCUUUUGUAUCAGAAGUUUUAAAAGGUUUUUCUUUUCUCUAUUUCUUUCUUUUUUUAAUAUACUUGUAAAAGACUGCUGGGCUAUCUGUUCCAAUAUAUGGUGAAUGAAAAUGCUUGGGACAUUUCAAAGAAUGGAAAGGAUAUGGCAGCGUCCCACACCCAUCAUGAAAAUGCUGUGCCCUAGUCUUAGCGUCUACGUCUUCAGUUGGUGGUGACCCAUUAUAUUUCUUUCUUUAUGUUAUAUAAAAAAGUGUUACUCCCAGCUGUUACUGUGUUUGAAACCCAUAUGAUAAAAAGCAUGUUUUCCUUCCUUUAUUUUGUAGCGCAAACCUAUGUACUGAGGUUGUACAGAUUUUCCCCCCUUUUAAUGGCGCUGUACCCACUAGUAGUUCUGUCAGCAUUUACAAUUUGCUAUCUGAAACUAUUUCUGAUAUUAAGAAUUUUUUUCCCCUCUGGAUAAUAUUAAUCUUUCAAAUGGUGCACAAAUCAUGCUAUAUUUUCCCCUUUUACACCUGUUUAAGUAGGGUUUAAAAAAGAAAAGAAAAAAAAACUGCUGCAACUUAUUUUCCUUGCCAAUCCACAUGAAUUAAACCCUGUUUGAGUCUGUUUA